GUUGCAAUCCACCAUUAUCAGCUGCGUGAUCAAUGAGGUCACCAGGUGAAGGACGCCCAGACAGUAGUGGGGGCAGCGCACAGAGACAGGAUCAUAACCGCGAGUGUUAGGGAAGCGACACACUACGAUUAUGUCUGAGAAGAUCGAGGUCGUUGUGAAGAAUUCUACUGAGAUGGGGGAGGGGCCCCACUGGGACGACACGAUACAGAGCCUGUACUACGUGGACAUAUUCGUCGACGACGUCCACAGAUACAACGCUGUCACAGGAGAGGACAGCCGACUAGACCUUGGAGACUCUGUGGCGAGCGUCAUCAUCCCCCGCCAGAAGGGAGGCUUUGUGGUGAGUCAGAAGACAGACCUCGGCCUCUUGGACUCAUGGGAGAGUGGCAAGGUCACCAGCAUUGCGAAGGUCGAGGCCGACGCCAAUAUGUUAAAUGACGGCAAAGUGGAUGCUUCCGGUAGACUCUGGAUUGGGUCUUGUUUCUGUGGCAAGGGUAUUCCUGACCCCAACACGUGGCCGAAGCUUCAGGGCUCAUUGUACAGCCUGGAUAGUGAUGGCAGCGUCAAAAAACACAUCAGUAACAUCACCAUCAGCAACGGCAUGGACUGGAAUGAAGACAACAGCAUCAUGUACUACAUCGACUCCAUCCCCAGGCAGGUCUGGGCCUUCGACUUUGACAUCACAGCUGGGGCCAUCAGUAAGUAGACUCUGGCACUCCCAGC